AAAAUGAAGAAAUCUGAAAACAUGCUAAAGAAACCACAUUUGGGGGCACUAUCCGUGGUGCUGAUUCUCUCUCUGGGGUUUCCAGAAAUCACACUUGCGUGUCCUCACCCAUGCGCCUGUUAUGUUCCCACUGAAGUUCAUUGCACAUUUCGGUCCUUAGUAGCAGUUCCAACAAGAAUCUCGAAACAUGUGGAACGAAUCAAUUUGGGGUUUAACAGCAUACAGACUAUAUCUGAAAACUCAUUUGCAGGACUUACAAAACUAGAACUUCUCAUGAUCCAUGGGAAUGACAUCCAAAAUAUACCUAAUGGGGCCUUAAAAGAUCUGUCAUCAUUACAGGUAUUCAAAAUAAGCUACAACAAGUUGCAAGUUUUAACUGGUCAAACUCUUCAAGGGCUUUCCAGCCUAAUGAGACUACAUGUGGACCACAACCGAAUUGAAUUCAUCCAUCCAAAUGCUUUUAAUGGAUUAACUUCCCUACGACUUCUCCAUUUGGAAGGAAAUUUACUUCAGCAGCUUCACCCCAACACAUUUUCCACAUUUAUCGUCCUUGAUUAUUUCAGGCUGUCAACGAUAAAGCACCUCUAUUUGUCUGAAAAUUCUAUUAGAACACUGCCUGUGGGCAUUUUUCAAAAAAUGCCACUCCUAGAGAACAUUUAUCUUCAUGGAAACCCCUGGUCCUGUGACUGCAGGUUGAGAUGGCUCCUUGAAUGGAAUGAAAAGUCUCCAGGUGUCCUAAAGUGUAAAAAAGACAAAAUCUAUGAGGAUGGGCAGCUCUGCCCAAAAUGCACCUACCCUAAGCACCUCCAGACUCAUGAUAUUCAACAUUUGAAAGACAUUUCUUGCACAAAGCCCAUCAUACAGUCUCCACUAAAACUGAACAUCAGCCACAAUGAGGAGGAAGAGGAGGAAGAUGAUGACAGCUCUGAAUUUCACAGCAAAGAGUUUCAGCUUACUCCAUGGAAUAUUACUCUAAAUGUGACAGAUGAGCAUGGAAACAUCGUGAAUCUGGAUUGUGAGAUCAAGAAACCAACAGACUCUACCAAAAUCCAGUGGAAUCAAAUCUCUCCCCAAGAAAUGGAAAUCAAUGCCUCCAUUUCCCUGGAUAUGGAGUGCCUCAUGAACCGAGAGAACUAUGAAAAACUGUGGAAGCUAAUUGCUUAUUACAGUGAAGUCCCUGUCAAGCUAGAAAGGGAGCACAUGCUCAGCCAUGAACCUCAGUUGAGCUACCAUUACAGGCAAGGUUCUGAUUAUGAUGCACUUUAUUACACAGGUGUGAAAGGGAGGAUCUUUGCUGAGCCUGCCUGGUUGAUGCAACCCCUGAUACAUAUCCAAUUAAACAGGCGCCAGAGUACUGGGAAGAAAGUAGUGCUGUCGUUUUCUACCCAUGUUUCUCAAACCCUUCAAACUCAAGGCAACAAACAGCAGAGAAACAGCUGGGUUAUGAUAGAGCAAGACCUCCACACAAAGGCAGUUCAGAGUGUAGUAGAGGGUUCAGAUGCUCAGCUGAGCUGCAAUGUGAAAGCAACAGAUAGUCCUUCCAUCAAAUGGCUUCUUCCAGAUGGGACUAAAUUGAAAGCUCCAUUCAAAAUGGAGGACAGCAGAUUUUCUGUCCUUAGCAGUGGUCAGCUGGUCAUCAAAUCAGUAGCCUAUGCUGAUUCAGGUGUGUACCACUGUGUUGCUCAAGUGAGAGGUGAUAUAGAUUCAAUGUCCUACAGAAUUUUGGUGCAGCCUCCAGUCAUUCAGCCAGCAGAUUCUGAGAUAAUAAAGGUUCAGAAAAACAUGGGGGAGCCCAUACUUUUGCCCUGCAGCGCAGAGGCCAUACCAGAUGCACACCUAAGCUGGAUACUUCCGAACAGCCAUGUACUCAAUGAUUUAUCGAACUCCUCCAAUGGGUACCUUUUAGACAAUGGCUCACUAUUCAUUCCACACAGCCGUGUCAGUGACAGUGGGUAUUAUCGGUGUGUGGCUAUAAACCAACAAGGAUCAGAUCAAUUUGCCAUCAGGGUCACAGUAAAUAAAAUGGUGUCUGACAGAUCCUCAAAAAGCAUGAAAUUAAAAAGGCGUCCUGGUUCAAGAACCUCAGUAAAAACAAAGGUUCAAGUCAUAGAUGAUGAUGAGGGAUCAGGUGCCGGAGAGAGUGAUGAAACUCUAAGUAAAAAAAUCCACUUGAAGAACCAUGAAGUAUCCCUUAAGCAAAGGAAUGACCGUGUUUCUCAUGUGAAAAAGAAUAAAAAAGGGAAACGUAAAAUGAAGUUAUGGAAAGGAAUGGAUGGGAAUCCAGAGAUUAAUGUUGCAGAGGGACGGAGAGUAUUUGAAUCUCGACGGAGAAUAAAUAUGGCAAACAAACAGAUCAACCCACAACACUGGGCCAAUAUUUUGGCCAAGGUUCGUGGCAAAAAUCUUCCUAGAACAACAGUGGCUCCAGUCUCUUCUCUAAGGAUUACUACAGAGACUCCAUUGAUGCAUAAAACUACAAGGCCUCCUCCUCCCAUUGUCAGUCCCCCACAAAAGACUACUACAGAACCUCCUGUCAGUGGAGAGGAAUCUUCUGGUGACAUAUCUCACUUGGGAGAGACAGAGCCACUCUUGGUCACUGUUCCUCCCAUUAUUGAUGCACGGGAUUAUAAUCAGUUUCCAUUAUUUGCAGUAGUAAGUGCUGAGCCUGAGUCUGUUGUAGAGCACAAAUCAUCAGACACAAUAAAAAGUACAUACCUGGUGGAAACACCUAUUGCCAAAGAUUCUUGGCUCUCCACAACUGUACACUCACAUGAUUGGGAACACAGUGAUUUGAGAACAGAUCAUCAUCCAACAGUCACCACUCCUUUCACUAAAGAGCACUCAAAUGAAGAAGUAAUAAGCAGCCAGCCUUAUAUUCUGAGCACUUUGAUCACAGCACACAAAGGAGUUAGAACCACACAACAUACAUUCUCUUCUGUAGAAAGAUCACUCGAAGCUGAUGUCUCUGCAGAUCAUCAGGCCUCUGAAAGCUCCAAAAUCACAAGUACUAUUUUUAUGCCUGUUUCUCCAUUUAAAGAUUCUGGGAACGAUGGUAGCAUAGAACAUCAGCAAGUAAACAAAAAUUCUGACCCAAACCAUGUAUUGGAAGGAGUAACACUUGAAAACAUACAUAUUCCAAUACCAGAAUCUAUUUCAACUUUGGAAAGUACUGCUGCUCCAUUUAAAAAGAGUGACUGGCUAAUGACUACAGCUGCUGCUAACAAACUAACCACAAUGGCAGUCAUUCCAGACCAUGGAAGAAAAAGCACUACCUCUGAUUCACAGGUUCCCCAGCAUUCUCGCAGAAGACCAUAUGGAAGAAGGAGAUUAAGACCAAACAGGUUCAGAAGACCAAGACCUAUUCCUCCUACUGUCUCUCCCCUGGGAGCUAGGCCUUACAUUCAAAAUACAUAUGAAACAGAAGCUGCAACCCAAAGUUUGCUAAGGUACAUUUAUAGGAGUCAUCAUAAACCUGAUGCUGAAGCAGAAGCUGCAAAUGAACAUAAACCUUUGGAAGAGAGCUCUUUAUUAACAACAAGUGCUACUGCUUUACAAAAAUCCAUCAAAGUCCAUGACCUGGAAGCAAUUUCUGUCCUCAGCCUUACUCCUUCACAACCUAGAACACCUGCAAUAAUUUCUAAUGUUGCCAAAGAGCAGAAAAGUCAUAUGAUGAUAUCACCACAUGAUGCAUUGACCACAGCCCCCGAUCCAGAACUAUUUUUAUAUCCUAGCUUAGGGCAUAAACCAGCAACAUCAACUGACAAUGAAUUCAUCAAAACCAUUGAAGGAAAUACGGCUACAAUAAGCUAUGAAGGCAUGGAUACACAUACAUCAGGGUCUUCAGUAUCUAUUGCAAGUUUCACUAGCCCAAUAUUAUCAGUUUCCUCCAUUCCAGAAUUUGAAGAAGGAUCUGUAGUCUCAUCAUCUCCAGAGAACAGAAAAUCUUCAGGCUCACUAACAAUGACUACAAUCACACCAUUUUCUAAACAAAGAGAAACAGAGACUUCACCCCACUAUAGUACAAUAUUUGAUGAUCUUUUAGAACCCCCGGAAACUAAACAAACUAUCAGCCUGUUGCAUAACAAAACACAAAUAAUAACAUCUUCAAGUCACACAAAGGAAACGAUCACUCAGUUACAAGACCAUCAUGACCAGACUGCUGUUCAUAGAACUGAAACAAACCAUUCUCCAGUUUUGCCCAUUGCAUUUGCACCUCUGGUGACUACUCUCUCACCAUUAGAAUCUAGCACUCCUAAUUGGUUUGACCAUUCUGCUACCAAGGAAAGUUACACAUCUAGUCAAGUCAUGUCACCUGACCUUAAGGGAUCUGGUGCCGAUAACAUACGAGCCAAAGUUCGCUCAAGGCAGAAUGAACUUUUCUUCACCCAUUCAAACCAGAACAGAAUAACCACACAACAAAAGCAAGUGCAAUUGAAAGAGUCAUCUGGGAGCAGAACAUUCAACAGUUUAGUGCCAAAUCCAAAUGUUCCUCGCCAACCAGUGAGAGUUAUACCAAUUUUUAAUCAGCCACCUGCUUUUUCACCACCAAAACUUCCUCAUGUGAGAGGUACAGUGAGGCCUCCAUAUCUCAUUGUACCAGGUCUAUUUCAUCAUUUUGGAACUUAUCAGCCUCCCCUUCAUUAUACCAAUAAACCAGAAAUAACUGCCUAUGCUGCUCAUACAACGCAAGACAGAAAAAUCUCUACUCUUCACACAGAGACUUUUCUCACCAUGACAGGAGCGCCACUGUACAAACCUAAGCCAAAUCUUCCAAGCAGAUUUGGCAAUCAGGGUGAAACCAGAUACAGCACUCCAUCCAGAGGUUUUGUCAAUAACUACCUUCCUGAUACCAAAGACAAGCAUGGAAGAAUAAUAAAUCAAGCUAUACCAUAUUUCCCCAAGCCCAGAAUGCCCUUCCUGGUUAACAGAACCAGAGUAGUCCAAUACUUGGAUAUAAAUUCUAAACCCAUGACGACCAAUCUUCUUGCCCCAGCAAGCUCAACCGAGAAGAAAUUUGCCUCUUCCACACAGAGCACUCCUAUAAAAGUCACAACAAUCCCAGUCCCUCCUCUGGCCUUAAGUACUGCACCACCAGCUAUAACUAUCCCUCCUGCAUUCAUAGCUCCAAGUGUUAAACCUCAAAUGGCUUCAACCUUACAGUUCUCCCGAAGCAUCUCUAACAGCAAUCCACAUGUGCCAUUUGUACUUAAACUGGGAGGAAAGCCAUUUAAUUCCAGCAUAGUUCAGCCUUCCACAAAUCUCAGCACACAAGGGGCAAGGCCUAAGAUCUUAACAAAAGGAUUUAACAGUUUAUCCAUUCUUGCUGAAUCAGAUGCUGUUAUCCCCUGCGAUGCCACAGGAGAACCCAAGCCUUUCAUUUCUUGGACAAAAAUCUCCACAGGGGCUCUAAUGACAGCUAAUACAAGGAUACAACGUUUUGAAGUUUUGAAAAAUGGUACAUUCAUUAUCCGCAAAGUUCACCUUCAGGACCGUGGACAGUAUUUAUGCAUGGCUCAGAACCUACAUGGUGUUGAUAAAAUGAUUGUCCUGUUGACAGUCCUAGCCCAGCAGCCCAAAAUAUUAGGUUCCCGCUUCAGAGAUGUGACUGUUUAUUUUGGAGAAAAGGUGACCAUGGAUUGCCAAGCCACUGGAAUUCCAAGCCCACACAUUUCUUGGAUUUUCCCGGACAGAAAAAUAUUGCAAACUGUGAGUACUACAGAUGGUAGAGUGAUGCUGUAUGAGAACCGAACCUUGUCCCUCAAGGACACUAACUUCUCAGACCGGGGAGUUUACAAAUGCAUAGCCAGCAAUGCCGCAGGGGCAGAUAGCACUGCUGUGAGACUUCACAUAGCUGCCUUGCCACCUAUUAUCCAGCAGGAAAAGCAGCAGAACAUUUCCCUUAAUGUGGGACAGAACAUUAAUAUUCACUGUAGUGCCAAAGCAGCACCUUUGCCGAACAUCCGUUGGGUGCUUUUUGAUGGUACACAGAUUCGGACUUCCCAGUUUGUUCAUGGGAAUCUGUUUGUUUUUCCAAAUGGAACCCUUUACAUACGUAACGUUUCGCCUAAAGACAGUGGGAGCUAUGAAUGUAUUGCAGCUAAUAUGGUAGGUGCUGCCAGGAGAUCGGUAUGGCUGCAUGUCAAGAAGCAGUCCACAAAUGCCAGGAUCACCGGGAGUUCUCCCCAGAGAACUGAUGUGACAUAUGGUGGCACCCUACAAUUGGACUGCAGCGCAUCAGGGGACCCCUGGCCACGGAUACUCUGGAGGCUGCCUUCCAAAAGAAUGGUGGAUUCCAUACACAGUUUGGACAGCAGAAUCAAGGUAUUUGGCAAUGGGACAUUGGUUGUCCAUUCCGUCACUGACAAAGAUGCAGGAGACUAUCUCUGUGUGGCCCGCAAUAAGAUUGGAGAUGACUACGUGGUCCUCAAAGUGAAUGUGAUGAUGAAACCUGCAAAAAUAGAACACAAGAAUGUGAAUAACCAUAAAGUGAUGUAUGGUGGGGACCUGAAAGUUGAUUGUGUAGCCACAGGUCUGCCAAACCCUGAGAUCUCCUGGAGCCUUCCAGAUGGCAGCAUGGUCAACACUUUGAUGCAAUCUGAUGACAGCGGAAGCCGAGCAAAGAGAUAUGUGGUAUUCAACAAUGGAACACUGUACUUCAAUGAAGUAGGACUGCGAGAAGAGGGGGACUAUACCUGUUAUGCUGAGAACCAGAUUGGCAAAGAUGAGAUGAAAGUACGAGUCAAAGUAGUGGCUGAGCCUGCCAGUAUUAGGAACAAAACAUUUACAACUAUCAAUGUCCCAUAUGGAGAUGUGGUAUCUGUAGGAUGUGAAGCCAAAGGUGAGCCCACACCUAAAGUUACCUGGUUGUCUCCAAGCAACAGACCCAUCCCACUUCUGUCAGAUAAGUAUCAGGUGUACAGAGAUGGGACACUUCUCAUUCAGAAAGCCCAAAGAUCUGACAGUGGCAACUACACAUGUAUUGCUCGGAACAGUGCCGGGGAAGACCGGAAAAUUGUCUUGAUCCACAUCAAUGUCCAGCCUCCCAGAAUCAAUGGGUAUUCCAGCACCAUCACCUCAGUCAGAGAAACAGCUGUGAAAGACAGCCGUAAGCUGGUUGACUGCAAGGCAGAAGGCAUCCCAUCUCCACGGGUCAUGUGGGCCUUUCCAGAAGGAGUGAUCCUACCUGCUCCCUAUUAUGGAAAUAGAAUCACUGUGCACCGUAAUGGCACAUUAGACAUUCGGGGAGUGAGACAGAGUGACUCAGUGCAGUUGGUCUGCAUUGGCAGAAAUGAAGGUGGGGAGGCCAGGCUGAUUGUGCAGCUACAAGUCACGGACCAUGUGGAAAAGCCCACCUUCAGGGAUCCAGUCACUGAAAAGAUCACUGCUACUGCAGGGCACAGCAUCAAUCUAAACUGCUCAGUACAUGGAAAUCCUCAGCCCAGCACAGCCUGGAUCCUUCCCAAUGGCACAGAACUUCAAAGAGCCAGUCAUUUGCAUAGAUUUUACCAUAAGAGAGAUGGGAUACUUCACAUCAGUGCCCUCUCUGGAACAGAUGCUGGCACUUAUCGCUGCAUGGCUAGGAACCCAGGUGGUUCUGCUGAGCGAGUGGUCUUCCUCAAAGUGGGCCUUAAACCAGAAAUCAGCAACCAGUAUAAUAACCUGGUGAGCAUUAUCAAUGGGGAGACCCUGCAGCUUCACUGCGUAACCCAGCCCAGUCAGCGGGCUCGCAUAACCUGGACUCUGCCCAAUGGGAUGGUAUUAGAUAGUCCUCAGACCAUUGGUCGAUUCUCCCUGUUGGAGAAUGGCACCCUCACCGUUCGUGAAGCAUCUGUAUUUGACAGAGGUACUUAUCUAUGCAAGGUAGCAACUGAGUAUGGCUCUUCCCUUAUGAAUGUUCCAGUGAUUGUGAUUGCCUACCCACCCCGCAUCACAAGUGAACCAGCUCCGGUCGUCUAUGCAAGGCCUGGAAAUACAGUGAAGCUGAACUGUAUGGCCAUUGGGAUUCCUAAAGCAGAAAUAACAUGGGAACUCCCAGACAAAUCACAUCUGACAACAGGCGCUCAGUCCCGUCUGUAUGGAAACAAAUUCCUUCACCCUCAGGGCUCAUUAAUCAUCCAACAAGCUACACAAAGGGAUGCAGGCUUCUACAAAUGCACUGCUAAAAAUAUACUUGGCAGCGAUUCAAAAGCAACCUACAUACACAUAUUCUAAAGUUCAAACAAAUGCCUUUGAAUACACAAAUAUCCAAAGAUCCUGCCAAGUGAGCACAGCUAGGAAAAUAUAAUUGCUACAUGGAAUCAGUUGUAUUAAGGGGAGAAAAAGAGGGUUGCACCAUAAGUAGCAUGCAGUAUCAAAAUACUAAUCUGGCAGAUGUCAUGCUUGAGAAGACCUCCAAACUGUCCCAAUUAAUGCAUCUGGGUU